AAAUUAUUUCACAAGUUGAAGAUCAUCGAACGAAGCGGUAGAAAGUAACAGUAAUUAUUACAGUCAGAUGCAAUAAAUUGCUUAGAGUAGUAAUGUCUAACAGUGUUUGCACCCACUGUGGGUGUACAGAGAUCGACAAGGAUCCGGGUAGAGGCGAUGCUGUUUGUACAAAUUGUGGUUCUGUACUAGAAGAUCAAAUCAUUGUAUCUGAUGUCCAAUUUCAGGAAAAUUCAGCUGGUGGUACAUCAGUUAUAGGCCAAUAUGUUUCUGGUGAUGGUACAAAAUCAAUCAAUCUAGGUGGUACAUUCGCUCCUGGUUUUGGUCGUGAGUCAAGAACUGUAACUUUACAAAAUGGUAAAAAGAAGAUCCAACAGCUUGGAGCACAACUGAAGUUAAACAAUCAUUGUAUGGAUACAGCUUUCAAUUUUUUCAAGAUGGCUGUUACAAAGCGUUUGACUAAGGGCAGAAAAAGUCUUCAUGUUAUAGCUGCCUGCAUAUAUUUAGUCUGUCGAACAGAAGGAACACCUCAUAUGUUGUUAGAUUUUAGUGAUCUACUUCAGGUGAAUGUAUAUGUUCUAGGUAGAACCUAUUUACAUAUAUCUAAAGAAUUGUGCUUAAAUAUACCAGCUAUAGAUCCAAGCCUUUACAUUCCACGAUUUGCAUAUAAAUUAGAAUUUGCUGAUAAAACCCAUGACGUAUCAAUGACAGCUUUACGAUUGGUUCAGAGAAUGAAGAGAGAUUGGAUGCAUACAGGACGUAGACCAUCUGGUCUCUGUGGAGCUGCUCUUCUGGUUGCUGCUAGAAUUCAUGAUUUUUGUCGAACUGUAAAAGAUAUUAUUAAAGUUGUUAAAGUCUGUGAAGCUACUGUUAGAAAAAGGUUAACAGAAUUUCAAGACACACCUUCUAGUCAGCUUACUAUAGAUGAGUUUCAUAGAAUAGAUCUAGAGGAAGAAAGAGAUCCACCAUGUUUUAUUCAGGGCAAGAAAAAAGCUAAAUUAUCACAGUUAGAACCAAAUAAAUUUGUAGAUUUAACAGAAGAAGUUAGUAAUAUUCAAGGAGAAAUAGAGAAAUCUUUAGAAGCUAAACGACCUAAAGGUGGAAUAUAUAGUUCUUAUAAUAAACCAUCAACAAUAGAAGAAACAAGUUGUAGCAGUAGUAAAUCUAGUGAAGUUCAGGCAGCAGCAGAAUAUAUAGAAAAAGAUGUAUUUAGUGAACUAGUUAAUAGUGAAUUAAAACAAGAUAACUCUAAUAACAGUAGGACUAAUAAAGAUGGAGAAGAAAUUACUUCCCUUGAGUGUUUUCGUGUUCAAGGAUUAACUCCAACUGCAGCUAGUUUAGGUAUAACAGAAGUUGUGGAAGGUUGUUUAACCGAUAAGGAUUCACCAGAUGAUAAGGAUGAUAUUGAUGGCAAUCUAGAUUUAACUGGUAUUGAUGAUGAAGAACUAGAAAUGCUACUUUUAAAUGAAGAUGAAGUUAAAAUUAAAACAGAAAUAUGGAUGAAAGCCAAUGAAGAUUAUUUGAAAGAGCAAAAAGAAAAAGAAGAGAAGAAAGCUUUAGAAGAGGCUGAAAAUGAGGGAAAGCCAGAAAAAAGGAAAGUCAAGAAAGUCAAAAGGAAACCAUUAACAGAAGCAACAAGUGCUAAAGAAGCCAUUUCUAUGUUAAUACAGGAGAAGAAAUUAUCCAAUAAAAUUAAUUACGAUGUAUUAAAUGAUCUGAUAUGUAAACCAGAAGACAUUAAAACUACACCAUUAAAAGUCAACAUGUCGCCACGAACUAAUGUACAAUCAGGUCUUCUAAAUAGGUUUAAAAGACCAAGUUUAAGUACAGAAGCCAGUCUAGAUUUCGAGGGACCAAAGAAGAAAACGAAAGUAGAAAUAACUAAAAGUGAAAUUGUUGUUGAAACAGGACCAAUACAGAUACCUGAUAAAGAUGAUAUUGGGGAGGAAGGGGAUUAUUAUGAAGAAGAAGAAGAAGACGAUGAUGAAAAUAUGAGUGCUGCUAAAUUAUUAGGUCAUACAGAAGUUAACGAUGAGGAUGAAGGAGAUUAUGAAUAUGAUGAUGACGACUGAAUGUUCUAUAGAAACGACCGAUAAUCCCUUACAAGAUGGCUGACACACCUUAAGAAUUGACAUCCAGGAAUUAUUGCUGAUGGACAUGAAGAAAGCAGAAUAUGGAUAAAAUCCAAAAGUUUGAAUGCGUUCAUUAAGAUGAUGACUUUUGUCCCCACAAUGAGAAUAACAGUGGUUGUUUUCAAUCCUAAUAAAAUAAAAUAAACAUUUCAAAUUUGUGAUUGUGUAUGUGCACUCCUGUCUCAGACUCUCAGACCAUAGUAUUAUUACUGCAGCAAGUCAGAUAUUUGUGAUGACAAAAUCUUAGAACUCUGAUUGUCAUGCACAAAAUCUGACUGUAGUUCAGGAAUAUUUGGCCAAUUUUCAUAGAAGACAUUUUGAACAGUUCUGUUGAAUUGAUCUUAGGAUAGGUUGGGCGGGUAGAAAUCCUGGAUAAAUCCAUGAAUACUUACAAGUAUAUGACGUUAUUAAUUAUUAUUAUUUUUUUUUAGUCAUUUAAUGUUUAUAUUUAUUAUUAGUGUAAUUAUUGUUAAAUACAAGUAUUGUAUUGAUGAAUCAUGGGGAAAUUCAAUAAAUCAAUUAAAAAUAACUACUGACAUUGUAAUAAUUAGGUACCAAAUAUUUUCUUAUAUUUAAUUAUAAACUUAGAUGACUAUAAAUAUUGAAUGUAUGCAUUGUUGUUAUUGGAAGCUAUCCAAAUGUAUGAUCUGUAAAAUCAGUUUGUUUUGUAAUUUCCAAAUUACACAUAACUCUUAUCACUGUAACCCAGGUAUUGUUUAAUAUUGUGUAUUUAGCACUAAUUUCUUUCACCUUCGUUCAAUAUCAAAUCUUUGUUUAAAAAUUUGUAAAAAUCGUUUAAAAUCAUCAAAAAUCAUCUAAUUUGUACUUUUGUCCAGUUUAAAGCUGACCAUUCAAUUUUGAUAAUGAGUGUCCAAUUUACAAUUGUUUAAUUUCUUGAUCACUGUUAAAGAAUAAAUAACCCAACUGAUUAUUAAACAUUAAGUAAAUUGGACACUCAUUAUCAAAGUUAAUCAGUCAGCUUUAAACUGGACACAAGUACAAAUUAGAUGAUUUG